AUGUCUGACCAACCCCUCUCCAUGGAGCAACUUGAAACCAAAGUCUUUGGAGAGAUCACAAAUCUUCUCACCAAGUUACCCAGGCCCGACAAACCCGCUGACGACAUUGAAAGCAAUACCGUCAGAAUUUUCAACGACAGCGAAUUCAGCACCAACUAUCAUGACAUUGACAUUGACGACUUUUUGGGCGACGUUCGCCACAAGAUGUACAACAAUGUUCAUAACCAGGCCAAUUGGAUUUUGUGGAAUCUGCCAUUGGGUACGGUCAUGACUAUGACGGAACACAACACCCCUCUCGAGAAAGGCCAGGCAGUGUUUGAUCUUAAUAACUGCGGAAGAUGCAUUGACUUGGUCGGUACCGGGAAGACGGAAGCAGUGGACCUUGGAAAGAUGGGUAUGGCGGAUUGCAUCAAAGCGUUCUUCUGGCGGAAGGUAGAUUUGAAGAUGGGGGCGUUUGAGCUUUGGGACUACAAGAUGCAGGACACCAAAGAAAACGAAAUGGGGGCCCGUCAGAUCAUAUUCCUGGGCGAGUGGGCGCCAGGCACUGUCCACCCGUUGUGGAACUGGAACAUGACCGACAAAGUCAGUUCUGCGCGCUGGAACUCCCUCAUUGACCGACAAACCGUUACUCUUUUCGAACAUAUAGAUGGUGGGGGAAAUCGGUAUGAAAAUAUCAAGGGAUGGGGCAAGCACAAGGAAGAGAAGGAUUUCCACAACCUCGACUUUGGAGACAAGGUCAGUUCGUUCAAAUGGCACUCCAUCAACCCUGUCAAGGAAAAGGUUGAGCCUAUCAAAAUCACCCCGGAUCAAUCCAACACUUCCAUAGAACAGGGCGUAGAGAGCGGGACAAACGACAGUGAUCAAGUACAACAAGGCAAAGUCACCAUCGGAAAAACCAAAACCCGCGAAGUCACCGUCGAAUCCACCGACACGACCGCCUCAUCCGUCGCUGCCUCGCUCAAAACCACAACGAAAGCCGGCGUCGAAGGCGUCUCAACCAUGGAAGUCGAAUGGUCCCUUGCCGUCGAACACUCCUGGUCUCACUCCGGAACCACCGCCAACAAAACCACCACCACCGACGCCAUCAUCAUCGAACAAGGCUUCAACAUCUCCCCCCAUCGCACCUACACUGCCAAACUCGAGGUACGCGUCGGUAGACUCGAAAACAAACUGUACAAGACCACCGCCACCCGCUGGUACGAGCAGAAUGUCGCGGGCUCCACCAAAGACGGCAAGCUUUACAAGCGCAUCGAACCUGUGUAUAUAAAUGUAACCGGCAGUCUGCAUUUCACCACGCACCUCGAGCUCCACGAGACGCCGAUUCCAAAAUCAAUAGUGAACCAGGCGAUUGACCAGGGCCAGAAGGUGGGCAAUAACGUCGUGGACAAGAGCCAGGAAAAAGCUGGCGAGUUGAAGGGUAAAGGGCAGAAACUUUUCGGGGAUUUGAAGAAUAGUACUUCUGUUUUGCCAGGGUAA